AUGAGCUCCUGCAACUUCACACAUGCCACCUUCGUUCUUAUUGGUAUCCCAGGACUGGAAGAAGCUCAAUUUUGGUUUGGCUUCCCCCUGCUUUCCAUGUAUGCAGUGGCAUUGUUUGGAAACUGUAUCGUCGUAUUCAUCGUGAGGACUGAGCGAAGCCUGCAUGCACCCAUGUACCUUUUUCUCUGCAUGCUGGCAGCUAUUGAUCUGGCUUUGUCCACAUCCACCAUGCCCAAGAUCCUCGCCCUCUUUUGGUUUGAUUCCCGAGAGAUUACUUUUGAUGCCUGUCUCGCCCAGAUGUUCUUCAUUCAUGCUCUCUCGGCAAUUGAAUCUACCAUCCUGCUGGCCAUGGCCUUUGACCGUUAUGUAGCCAUCUGCCACCCACUGCGUCAUGCUGCUGUGCUCAACAAUACAGUGACAGCCCAAAUCGGCAUGGUGGCUCUGGUUCGGGGAUCCCUAUUCUUUUUCCCACUCCCACUACUGAUCAAGCGGCUGGCAUUCUGUCACUCCAAUGUGCUCUCCCAUUCCUAUUGUGUCCAUCAGGAUGUGAUGAAGUUGGCCUCUACAGACACAUUGCCCAAUGUAGUCUAUGGUCUAACUGCCAUUCUGCUUGUCAUGGGUGUAGAUGUCAUGUUCAUCUCCUUGUCCUAUUUUCUGAUUAUACGAACAGUUCUACAACUGCCUUCCAAGUCAGAGAGAGCUAAGGCAUUUGGGACCUGUGUGUCACACAUUGGUGUGGUUCUGGCCUUCUAUGUACCACUCAUAGGCCUAUCGGUGGUACACCGUUUUGGAAACAGCCUAGACCCCAUUGUGCAUGUUCUCAUGGGGGAUGUCUACCUUCUGCUGCCCCCUGUGAUCAAUCCCAUCAUCUAUGGUGCUAAGACAAAGCAGAUCAGAACAAGGGUGCUGGCUAUGCUCAAGAUCAGCUGUGACAAGGACAUUGAAGCUGGAGGAAACACGUGACCCUUACCAUUCCAUCACCAUUGUUCUAGAUAGCUUAAUAUAGUAAUUCAUCAGACCUGUUUAAUUCCCAUAAGCACAUUAGUGCUUUUCACUGGAUGGGAUAGUGAACUAAAGUAUGGUUUAGUUCAUUGUGGAUAUAAUGUGAAAUAAUCUGUAUCAAUGAAUAUUGUGCUGUUUAAAGACUGCUAUAAAAUGAGACACAGUGAUAACAAAGCAACUAGGAUUUGUGAUUUAAACUAACUGGCCAGGUUUGUGAUUUUGAUGGAAUCGGUUCAAAUUACCAAUGACUUUGUUUUAUUCCUACUCUCUUUGUCGUGAAGCUAUUGUUCAGCAUAACUUCUAAAAUGUAGAACAUGAAACUGACAGUAUGGUAGCCAAGGCUUGUUUCCUUUACUUCAAGUUUAUUAUUCACUACCCAGAAACAUAUCGAAGCCCUAAAUAGUAACGCUUAUGAAUGUAUCAUGUAUGUUUAACAUGUUCCAGGCUGCAUGACAAGUGUUUUGCAGCCUUUCUGUGAUCUCAUCAUUUCUCCAAGGAAGGUACCAUUUUUGCCCUUCACAACAUGAGAUAGAGGCUUUAAUGAGAAAAGAAACUUUCUUGUAUGUGCUGUGCCAAGAUUUUAAAUUAAAUUUGGUAAUUGAAUAGAUUUGUUUUACUACCAUGUUAUAUUGCUUCCUGUUUAACAUCUGCCAUCUAUUUCCUCUGCCUGUUAGAAUUUCUGUUUUCUCAGUACCGUGUGCUAACAUGGGUGUCUUUGUGUUUGAGCAAUGUGAUUGACCCUGUACUAGUUGGUGGCAGAAAACUCUUCCUGAUAGAGAAGGCUGCUUCUGCUCAGAUAAAAGGAGGACCUCUCAAUCUUUGAAUCUCCUACAUAUCCUUGAUCGAUUUUGUAUUCUUUUUAUUGUGUCCUGCAUCUAUCAACUCCUUUGAAUGUGUAACAUGUGGUAGUGACUGAGUCUUGACUUAAGUGUCCGACAACAUAAUAAUUUAUCUUGAAAUGUUCAGUGUUAUUUCUACUGUUUUUAUGUUCAUAGAACCCUAUAAAGUAAUGUUGGGCGAUGUGACAGCUCCCCCAGUCUUUUCAUCGUCAGUGCAAAGGGACUGCCAAGUAUGUCUUGCAGAACUGUAAAGAUGUUGUAUGAACUUAUCUCAUGUACAAUAUUCCCUUUGUAUUAAAAGAGAUGAUGAAAAGGUUCUAGAAAUAGUAGUGAUACCUGCAUAACAAUAUUAGUAUAUUUAGUGUAUACUUAAUACUUAAA